CAACAAGAUAAUUAUAAAAUGAAUCUCCAAUUUCCACACCUCGAGAGUGGCGUUGCGUAUUUAUUAUAGCGAUUUGCCGCGUCAGCUACUACCCGAAACAUCAUAGGACUAAGAAUCCCACUGAGACAUAUCUAAGAGGGGAUUAAGGACUGCGCCGUCGAGUGUCACCCACCCUAUGGCACGCCGUGGUCAGCCGUGUUUCUUUUCUGGGCCCGGCUCGGCAAUACUCCCCACUGAACCUUCUUCUAAGAAACCUCUCCGUUAAAGACAAAGAAACGGAAAUGACCACUAACCGCGAUCAGAAAGCUAUAGCCAUUCUUCCAAGAUGAAGGCCACAGAUAGUCUAAAAUAUCCGGAUGUUAUGUCCCAAUUCCCCGUGCUAAACUCUUAUACAAAUUACCUAGCUAUUUUCAAAUUAGACGACGACGAUUCCCGAGAAGCUGUCACUUCGGCAUUCCGAGUUGCCUUUGACGAAAUAAAAGACAAGAUUCCCUGGAUCGGCCAUGAAAUUGUUAAUAUUGACAGUAGUUCUAGCAACUUGGGCCGCAUAAUAGCCAAACCAUGGCCCAUUGGUGUGUCCCGACAGGACUUCUUUGUGAAGAAAUACGACAAUAUCAUGGCCCCAUUCAAAGCCCUUGCACAGGCUAACUUCCCAGCUUCGAUGCUGCCUGCUGAGGAUUUAGAGCCCUGGCCCUCGCUACCCACACCACCUGCAGCCAGCCCCGCACCUGUGUGUGCUCUGCAGCUAAACUUCAUCGAAGGAGGCGUUAUCCUCACGAUUAGCACAAACCACACCAUGAUAGACGGUUCCGGUAUUAUUUCCUUACGGCGCGUACUCGCGGCCGUCAUGAAUGGCGAGGCGAUACCAGACAACGAACUCUCUAUACUCAGCAUGGACCGAACGCGAGUUAUCCCACUUUUAGCACAGGGAGAGCCUAUCAAGGACCAUAGCCACCUUCUGCGACGUGCCCCGACGACACCACCACCACCACUGGAAAUCCCCCCAGCAAGAUGGCGCGUGUUUCGCAUCUCGCGCGAAGCCGUCGAGGAAAUCAAAACGCGGGCUAGGACGCGCGACUCCUCAUGGAUCCCCACGGUCUCGCAUAUAUCGACAAACGACGCCCUCUCUGCCUUCUGCUGGCAGCGGUUUUCGGCCGUCCGACUACCACUGAUAGUACAACGUCGGCGGAAUAAAAACAAUGAUGAGACCACCGAUCUUCAUGAGCACUUACUAACUCGUUUCGGCCGCGCCAUCGACGGGCGCGUCGCCAUGGGAGUACCGUCUUCGUAUAUGGGCCACAUGGUAUACCACGCAACCCUCUGGCUUCCUAUGUCAGCCGUAGCUACGGCAUCACUCCCAUUCCUAGCGACAGCGUUACGCCGCGCGUUAGACGAGGCUAAUAAUGCGUGGUCGAUCCGCAGCUACGCGACGUUUUUAUCGCGACAGACCGACCGCUCUCGCCUCCUGUACGGCGGGCCGCAAAAUCCGGAAACGGACUUCGGCGUUAGCUCCCUUGUUACGGCGUUUGAUUGGGAGCGGAAGUCGUCGCUACGUUUCGGACCGUUGUUAGGUGAACCUGCGGUAUGGCGGAAGACGGAUCAUGCACUGAUUUCGGGGUGUCUGUACUUUUUAGACACGGAAUAUGAAGAUUGUGGAGGUGGUGAUGGGAACGUCGUUCAGAUGGUUUUGCUCUGCUUGCCUGAAGAUGAAUUAGAUGCGUUAGGGAAGGAUAAGGAGUGGACGAGGUAUUUUAAAGAGGUUGUUGAGCCGGAAGUUAAUGUGCGGAGUAAGUUAUGAAGCUUUAGACUUGGGUGCAUAAAUAGGGGUAACCAGACGCUCAUGGUCGCGAUAGCUAUUUGAGUUAUGAAAUCAUGUCCUCCAGCAUAAAGUUAUAUUCUUUGUUAUACACCUGAAUUAUACAAGUGAUUAACCCAUUUCGGUCGGAACUCGGCGCUCGGAACUAGGGUUAAUCAAGGGUCUAAAAAAGGGGUCCCCAUCAUACAGCGACAACAUGUGCAAUUCUUAAGUGGGGGUUAUGUGCGACACAUCCUCGAGGUUCUAUAUAGUACCUCCCAUUUCUUUUUCUAGUCCCAGCCGAGAAUCGCUCGAAUCGGACUAUGAAGUGACGCAAUUGGGUCGGUAUACGGCAGACCCGAUGAAGCCGAAAGGCGGCUUCCCGCCCUUAAAUCCUUUCUUUACGCGGCACGACGCAUAAGCAGCCAAGCCCCUGUCUUUCUGUACAGCAAGUACAACACUAUAUACCUUGCAGCAAACGUUAAUUCCCAAGUUGCACAAGACGGGAUAGGGAAACCGGAAACUCCGUGUCCCUUACGCCACUUACCAUAGAUAAAUAAAAA